AUGGCUGUCGCGGGUGACGGUCAUCACAGCCAACACCUUCGAGCGAUGUGGCUACGUGCACUUUCUGUCGGGUGGUAUGGCGUCGGUCCCGAGUGUUGGAGGCUGGAUGACACGGUUUACGCAACGCCACGUGCGGGAGUCAUUAGUGGUGAGAGACGGGAGGGCCAAAUCUCGCGAUCUGAGCCUUGCCCUUCAUUGAGGAGUAGUAUUGACACCGCUAUAGACUAUGCGGCCGGAGGUGGAGGAAACGAUUGUCCUGAUAUAUCUGUCAAUGUUUUCCCCCUUGUCUGGUGUUGGUUCAACGACUACCGCCUCUGCAGCGCUUCGGGGCAAACACAUCUUGUAGUGCCUGUGGCAUGGCUGCCGCCUACUUUGUGA